AUGAGUAGCAACAGCAACAACAACAACAGUAGCAAGGAUAACAACCCAUAUGAUCAGGGACGAGCUCCAUUCAAUGGGGAUAAUAUCACUGGUUUUCCAGAACGGGUCUCCAGCAAAAAAGGAAAGAAUUUGCACGUUGCGCACAGAAGAUCACCUUCCGAAUUGACUACUCUUAUGGUUGAGCAAUAUAACUUACAACGUCAGUUGGACCAAGUUCAGGCUCAACAAAAGCAGAUAUUAGAGCAACAACAACAACAGCAACAGCAACAACAGCAACAACAACACGGGGGACGUCACCAGACCUAUCAAUACCCACAACAGCAACCACAAACUGCUUAUAAUGAUGACCUAUACCAGUCACUGCCUAGCUACGGAAACCGCGGAUCACACUCUAGAAACUCAUCAAUCAACGCACAUAGAAGAACAGGGUCCACGGGAGGCACUGCUCAUGGCCAUACAAGAAGACAUUCUUUGGCUUUAAAUGAGGCAAUUGCUGCUGCCGACCAACAAAGAACUACAAGAUUAAGUUCGAGUCCUACGGCACAACUGGCACAAACAGUGGGACUGACUGGAGAUGGUGGAGAUAGAGUUCCCGCUUUCAAAUUCCCACCCGAUGCACAAGACGCACACACUCUGUUUUCUACGACUACCACAACCGCUACUACGCCAGCAUCUCCAUCAGUACCUUAUGUUGGUCACAAUCGUGCACGGUCAUCAGUCACCUCACAACACCCACAACAACAACAACAACAACAACAACAACAGCAACAACAGCAGCAGCAACAACCCUUUAAAUUUCCUAACCAACCUCCUGCAAACGAUAGCUUAUUACCACCAGCACCAAAUUUCAGUGUUACUCAAUCUCCCGAACGUGGUGGCGGGGGAGGUAGCCACAAUAGAAGGUCGUCGCAUUACAGAACCGCGUCACGUAAUGCAGAUGGUAUAAAUCAAAACUGGAGGUCUCAACAACAAUCACCACAACAGCCUUUACAAACAAAUCAAUUACACCCAAUGGCAAGUCACCAUCAAAGACAAUCAUCAACUUUAGAACCACCUGGUGGAAAUGGGGGAAGCGGAUUUGUGCCUGGCCAUAGACCGAGACACAGCUCUUAUGGAGGCAACUCCUCCAUCUCGUCCAUUUCACACUUUUUUCCUUCAUCAGGUGGUAAUGGCGGCCAAGGAGGACAAGGCGGAAGUCUUGGUGGACCAAAUGGUCAAAAUUCCGGAGGUAAUAAUGGUCGUAAGUCAUUGUUUGCACCUUAUUUGCCCCAAUCUUCUUUGCCAGAAUUGAUCAAUGAAGGUCGCUUGGUUACUGGUACCUUGCGAGUCAAUAAAAAAAAUAGAUCAGAUGCGUACGUUUCCACCGAUGGUUUGUUAGAUGCAGAUAUUUUCAUUUGCGGUUCAAAGGACCGGAAUAGAGCAUUGGAAGGAGACUUGGUUGCGGUUGAGUUGUUGAUUGUGGAUGAAGUGUGGGAAUCAAAGAAGGAGAAGGAAGAAAAAAAGAGAAGAAAAGACCACAAUACCAGACCAUUGAAUGAUGAUAUUCACAACGAUGCUACUUCUGCUCCAACGAUUGGGACUAGCACCACCAGCCCAAACGCUAGUGGCAGCAAUGAUAACAACGACAAGGAUGACGAGUCGUCACUUGGAAGAAGAGGCUCGCUUAAACAAAGACCUACAAUGAAGAAGAACGACGAUGUUGAAGUUGAAGGUCAAUCAUUGUUGUUAGUUGAAGAAGAAGAAAUCAACGAUGAUGUUAAACCACUAUAUGCAGGUCAUGUUGUGGCAGUUGUGGAUCGUAUUCCUGGUCAAUUGUUUGCCGGUACAUUGGGAUUAUUAAGACCAGCACAAGCUGCACAAGCCGCUAGAGACCGCAAGUCUGGGAACGAGCCUUCAGUGCAAACGCCAAAGGCACCCAAAAUUGUAUGGUUCAAACCAACGGAUAAGAAGGUGCCUCUUAUUGCUAUUCCAACAGAGCAAGCUCCUCGUGACUUUGUAGAGAAUCAUGAAAAAUAUGCGGAUCAAUUAUUUGUUGCUUCCAUCAAGAGAUGGCCGAUUACUUCAUUACACCCAUUUGGUACUUUGGUCAAUAGAUUGGGUAAAGUUGAGAGCUCAGAGACUGAGAUUGAUUCGAUUUUGAGGGACAAUAAUUUCCUUUGCGACGAGUACCCCGAAGAAAACGAAUUUGAUACUGAAAUUGAAGAAGCCAACAAGAUAGGAAAUGGAAAUAAGAAUAUUGAAAAUGACAAUGAGAAAGACAAUGAAAAUGACAGUAAAGUGGCAACACAACAAACUGCCAAUUAUGAGUUGCCUUUGGCUGAACCGGAAUUUUCCAAGGCUGAGGCUAGUCAAAGUAGAGUUGAGUACUCGAACGACUAUAUAAUUGCAUUCUCACAAACUGGUGAUUUUGUCGACCAUUCAUUGCACGUGAAGCGUAUUUCCAACACCAAGAUUGAACUUGGUUUUCAUGUUUGCGAUAUCGCAUAUUAUGUCAAGCCAGGUUCGUUUUUGGAUCGUAAAUCGAAAAAGAGAUCUUCUUCAGUGUUUUUACCACAAAGAGCAGUACACUUGUAUCCAAAGCAAGUUAACGAGGCAAUCUCAUUUCGCGAGAAUGAAAAAAACCUUGCGAUUUCGGUUGUAUUCGAGAUUGAUACAACAAAUUUCGAAGUUGAAGACUUGUUCAUCCACGAGUCUGUUAUUGUGCCCAAACAAAUUGUUAGCUACCAAGACUUUAACAAAAUUUUGAGCAAUAAACCUGUCGAAUCCAUUUCUUCAGCAACUAGCGACUAUAUCAAGACUUUCAGCUUGAUUGCCAAAGAGUUCCGUCGUCAUCGUUUGGUAAAUAGAGACUUGGGAACUUCACCCAAUUUGACAUUGUUGAACCAAUUGGAUGACGAAAAAGUUGCAUUGAGCUUGAAUGUAUUUGAUGAUAGUUUGGCACUCGAUAUAAUCUCCGAGAUUAGCUACAAGGUGAAUGCGGCAAUUGCGGCAAAAAUACAGGUUGGGUUGGGCAACAAGGCAUUUUUGCGUCGCCAAGCAUUACCAACAUUGCAAAAGAUGGAGACAUUUGUAAGAAAAGCCACAAAUUUGGGAUUCAAGAUUGAUACCACCAAUGCAGCAACUUUACAAAACUCGUUAUUGAAGAUAGAGGAUCCAGUUAAAAGACAGUGUGUGGAGAUUUUACUCUACAAGUGUAUGUCUAGAGGAAAAUACUAUGUUGCUGGAAAACAGGAUCCAGAUACUUAUGGCCACUACUAUUUGAAUCUUCCAUUGUAUACGCAUUUUUCAGCGCCUUUAAGACGCUAUGCCGAUUUGAUUGUUCAUAGGCAAUUGAAAGCUGUGCUUUCAAAAGAGCAAGAAGAAAAAGACGUUGACUCUUUAAAGGCAAUUGCAGAUUAUUGUAAUUUCAAAAAAGAUUGUGCUGCAAAUGCUCAAGAACAGGCUAUACACUUGUUACUUUCGCAAACGAUUAAUGAUAUUAGUGAAAGUGCUGGACAAGUGUUGUGCAUGGGAACUGUUUUGCAAGUUUAUGAGUCUUCUUUUGAUGUAUUCAUCCCUGAGUUUGGUGUAGAAAAAAGGGUACACGGAGAUCAGUUGCCUUUGGCGAAAGCCGAAUUUGAUAAACUGAAUAGGAUAUUGGAAUUAUACUGGGAGAAGGGUGUUGACUCUGCAACAUAUGUUCCACCAGAUGAGCAAUCGUCAAUGUCGUACAGAAACUCAAUCAAGAACAAGUAUAGGACAUCUUCGGCCGAGGCAGCUAAAAUACAGAACAAGUCUGUAUUGGAGAAAAGUAGUAUAACUACGGAGUCACUAAGUGAAAAAUUGAGGAAAAUGAAUUUAGAUCCGCCAGUUCUAAGAGUCCCAUCAGUUAAAGCAAAACAAUACAAUGAUGGUGAUGCUGUUUCCGCAUCAUCACUAAAAGGAGAAGUGCUUACAAAAUCGAUGCCUGCAUCACCAACGCAUGCACACAUUCCUCACAAUGCUCGAACAAACUCAUCUUCAAUCAUUGCUGAUUCUAGUGAUAUUCAAGGUCGUGGCCAAAAUAAAAAUGCUUCUGCCGGUCUUGCUCCAUACUUACAGGACAUAGAGACUAGACGCGAGGGUGACUCAAACAUUCAAGUUAUUAGAGAGUUGACCGAAGUUCCAGUUUUACUCAGAGCAGAAAUAGGAAUGACCUUACCCUGUUUGACUGUUCGUGUGUUGAACCCAUUUAUGCAGUGA